GGCGGGGGUGAGGAGAGUUGAAUGAUUGAACUUUCUUGUGUAGUUUCUGCGGCGCGGAGGUGUCUGCCCCCAGCGCAGCCCGGCACCAGCCCGCCGAGCGGCAGCUUAGCCCGGCGCUUGCCGCCCACCCACCCCGCCUCCUCCUCCUCCUCCUCCUCCUCGGCGCCCGGCUGUGCCCCUCUGCCCUCCUCUCCCGCAGAGCGAUGGUGCGGAGGGCGCCCGGCGCGUCCCUCGCCCUGCUCCUCUGGGUAGCGGCCGCCUGCGGCAGCCCCGCCGGGCCGGGGGCUGGCGGCGCCGCCGCCGCCCGCAGGCAGGACGAGGCGUUCUCCACCGCCAGAUGCACCUCCAGGUGCCUGAGCCUCCAGAUCACCCGCAUCUCCGCCUUCUUCAAGCAUUUCCAGAACAAUGGGUCACUUGCUUGGUGCCAGAAUCAUAAACAGUGUUCAAAGUGCCUGGAGCCCUGCAAAGAGUCCUGGGACCUGAAGAAAAACCAUUGCCAAAGCUUCUGUGAGCCUCUUUUCCCCAAGAAGAAUUAUGAAUGCCUAACUAGCUGUGAAUUCCUUAAGUACAUCCUGUCUGUGAAGCAAGGGGACUGCCCAGCACCUGAGAAGGCCAGUGGUUUUGCAGCUGCCUGUGUUGAAAGCUGUGAAGCUGAUAGUGAAUGUUCUGGAGUGAAGAAAUGCUGUUCCAAUGGAUGUGGUCAUACGUGCCAAGUUCCAAAAAAUCUGUACAAAGGUGUUCCACUGAAACCCCGGAAAGAAUUAAAAUUCAUAGAACUUCAGUCUGGAGACCUGGAGGUGAAGUGGUCUUCAAAAUUCAAUAUUUCUAUUGAACCUGUGAUUUAUGUUGUUCAGAGGAGGUGGAAUCAAGGAAUCCAUCCAAGUGAGGAUGAUGCUACUAACUGGCAAACUGUGGCACAGACUACAGAUGAGCGGGUUCGGCUGCCGGACAUCCGAGCGAGCAGGUGGUACCAGUUCCGUGUGGCAGCUGUGAACGUGCACGGGACGAGAGGCUUCACGGCACCCAGCAAGCACUUUCGAUCCUCGAAAGAUCCGUCUGCUCCACCAGCUCCAUCUAAUAUCAGAAUUGCCAAUAUCAGUGCAAACAAUGACGGGAGUGUAGAUGUAAUGAUUACUUGGGAUCUUCCAGAAGAGCCUGAUAUCCCAGUGCACCACUACAAAGUCUUCUGGAGCUGGACAUAUAGCAAAUAUGUAAUCCCAGCUAAAAAAAAGAGAAGGAAGAUUACCGAUGGGGCCCAAAAUUAUGUGGUCCUGGAGGGACUCCAACCCAACAGCAACUACAAUGUAGAACUGCAGGCAGUAACACGUUGGGGUCAGAUACGCCUAAAAAGUGCUAAGGUUUCUCUCCAUUUUAGCACAACUCAGGACACCAGGAAUAAUAAGGAACAGACAUCUUCUCCUGGGAAACCCCAGAAAGGACUGGUAGAUUCUUACCCCACAUUUCAAAGAAGAAAAACCACUCGUUUUCUUAAAGUUGGAACUCCUUUCUAUCAGGACAAUCAGCUCCAGGUCAAAGUUUACUGGAAGAAGACAGAUAUCAGCAUGAAUCAAUUCCAAGUCCACUGGUUACUGGAGUCCUGUGCACACAAUGACACCAAAGGACUUGGGAAAGUAACAGAGCUGGCUUAUGAAAACUACAUGAUUCUGAAGGACCUGUCAUUUUCAUGCAAAUAUAAAGUAACUGUUUUGCCUGCAAAAUCUAAAGGUCGUUUUAAGGCUGAGAGUAUUUUCUUUGUUACUCCACCUUGCUCUGCAUUUAAAGAAAAAAACCACAAGCACAUUAAUUGUCCUGCUGAAGGAGUGCCGGUUCUACCCAAAGUGUUGGCCAAACCCGAGAAUCUAUCUGCGUCUUUCAUUGUUCAGGAAGGUAACAUCACUGGUCAUUUUUCCUGGAAGAUAUCUAAGGCAGACCUUCACCAGCCCAUGACAGGGUUUCAAGUCACUUGGGCAGAAGUAACCACAGAAAGCCGGCAGAACAGCUUACCCAACAGCAUCAUUUCACAGUCGCAGAUACUGCCAGCGGAUCAUUAUGUACUUACCGUGCCCAAUCUGAGGCCAUCGAUGCUGUACCGCUUGGAAGUUCAAGUGCUGACAACUGGCGGGGAAGGGCCAGCUACAAUAAAAUCGUUCCGAACACCCGACCUUCCUCUAUUUUCACCCCACAGACCUCAUCUGAAGCAACAUCAUCCACAUCACUACAAGCCACCCCCAGAGAAAUAUUAGACUGUUUGAGAUGAUUAUACAAAUAACUGAGAGAAAAACUGAGCUCCCAAACAAAGGCUGGAAAAAGGCACAUCUGCAGGAGCAAUGAACCCAGUUUUCCAGUGGAAGUUACCAUCCUGUACGAUCUGUACUUACUUCUCUGUAGUUUAGCCAUGAAGAAUUGUAUUUGCACCAAGACCAGGAUGAAACACAGAGCACGUAUCAUUUCAGUACCACCACUAUUCAACAAACUGAAGAUCGCAUCCAACUCAACACCUGUGAGAAAAUCAGAAGUGUGUUCAUUAUAAUGCUUUUGUAUUUCUAUGUUUAAAGUAGAUUGAAACGGUGCAGUGUAUGCAGUUUUUCUCUCAGUGACUUCAAUGUUAAUAUUUGCAAGGUUGUCCUGUGAUGUAUACAUACUUUUGAACACUGGAGACCAUGUUCUCAUCAGCGUGUUUAAAUGAUCUAUUUUACUUAAAGCUCUGUCUGUCACCAGUUUAAGGCCUAGUGUAUUUUGCUAUUAAAGAAGAUCUCCAUAUGUCUGAAAUAAGGACAUAUGUAAAAUAAAUACCGGUAGCAGAAACCCUACAAUAGUCAGUUUUUAAUAAUUGCAGUAUCACCACAGAAGAGGAGGGUGAUACGUUUGUAUCACCUGUCUGUUCUGAAGUGGUAACAUUUUAGCAUGUAGAUCUUCUAUUAAUGUAGUUAAUAGCUAAAAAAUAUACAGGGUAGAUGUACCAUUGUAAAGAAACAAAUGGCAAUUAAUAGAAUUGUUGAAAAUUAAUGGCAGUUAAUACAAUUACUUGACAAGUCGUGGAAGAAUGACUUUUAAAAUCCCACUUAUAAUUUUUUGGUAUAUUAUAUUUCAAGGAAUAAUAAGAUCUUGAAAAGAAACACCAUUUUUCGAGUUAAAAAUCUUUAUAGUUAACAUUUUAGAAACUGAAAUUCUGAGGCACAUUUAUUAUUCAAGUAGCCUUAGAGCUGCUUUUUGGCUUUGUAUUUUGAUGCACAUAUUUCUUUUCCCCAUAGAUCUUUUGAACAGAAGGAUGGAUAUAUUGGCUCUAUUCUGCUGUUCUGCUUACAGAAAGAAUUAUGUGACAAUAUUCUGGCAUCUGGAAAACAUUGGCUUAUAGUUUAUUUGAAUGCAUUUUUCAAAUUUAGACAGAAGGGUGCCCUUUUUAACCAUAAGGGAAUUCAUAUUGCCUUAUUAUGCAAUAUAAACUGUCUAGAAUAAUUUGCCACACAGAGAGACAUACCUCGAUAGUAAACAGAAAAUGCUUGGAUUUAUUAUCGAGAGGGUGGAAAAUAUCUGCCAAUAAACGUCCAUACAAAUACUCAUAAUCAGCUUCUAAUGUUCAACAUGUUCAAAGUGCUCCUGCAUUCUUUGGCACCAUUUCUGUUUCUCCCUGAAUCAUCACAUGAGGCUAACGUACCUCAAACUCUCAGGAGUCAAACUUGACAAGGUGGCCGCUUUUCCUACCGGCAGAUGCUACAGCCUCACCUGUACUUCGUAUUUGCCCGAGAUAUUCAGGGAGAGCAGCUCAGACAUUAGUGGUAAAUCUAUUUUCCUACUCUUGACGACAAACUGCUUUGGGGAAAAGCAAAUAUGAAGAAAAGAAAUACAUACCUGAAACUGAGGAUCAGAGUUAUGUUUAUCAUAGUAGAGCAUUCAGAAAAUAUUCAAAUACAGUUUGUCUAUACUGAAGUUUAUAGCCUUUUUUUUCGUGUGGGUUGAUACCACAGGGGCUGAAGGAAACUGAGGUAAUUUCUGAUUACUUGCUCAUUCCAGUUUUUCUACAUUUCUACCUUUGGUUUUAAAGGGCUGGUUUUUUCCAUCCUCUUUCUACUUUGCAUGUUGUCUUUUUUGAUAUGCACUCAGUGACCAAGAACUUUUCCAGGCAUUUUCUAUUGCUACGUGGUUUGGGCCUUUAACAGCAGUUUUAAAAAUAUUAAAGGCUAUGGUGCUUUUAAUUCCUUCCUCUACCCUUCUGUCAUCUCGCCUUUUCCAAAGUACAUUAGCAAAUAAAGGGAUGAACUCUUCUUCAUAAAAUCUGUAGUAUAAAGCUUUAUGUUCAAUUUUGACAGAAGGCCAGAGUCUCGGAGGUUUUUGUCAGGAUGGAAAUGUUUCGUGUGUACAAUUCUCUGCAAAGAAAACACGGUUUGAAUCAGACCGGUGUGCAGCACCGCUUCGACAUUGAGAUUGCGCAGGGUGUAGGUGGGGAUCGAAGUGAUUUCCGUGGUGUUUGCUGAGAGCGGGAGUCGGUGGGAUCAGGGACAGUAAUUACCUCAGGCUUCUCUGAAAAACUCUGUCCAAACCUUUCAAUCACAGUCUAUUCUAGUUAUGCUGGAGCAAAUCUGGAGUGACUUGAGUAAUGUUAAUGAAAUUCCGUUUUGUUCAUAGUGACAUGGUAAAGCAUAGAACAUGGAUGUCGGUCUUUAUUAUAAUGAUGCAAAAUCUGGCUUGGAGAUAAACUGGAAGUUAGCAGCCCUGAGUGAUCAUACCCUUAGUCUUGGUUGCUGAGGGGAAGCCUCAUUCUUCUGAAAUGAAUCAAAAUGGUUCCUGUUUGCGGAUGCCAGUCUUUUUGAAGCGUUCAACUUUUAAAAAUAACAAUGUACUUUUGAAGAACAUGGAGGGGUUUUCCCUUUUCAAGCAGAUUCUGGAAAUAAAUAAAAAAAGUUGAUAAAGUAGAAUUGUAUUGAACAAGUGUAUUAUAUGGAGUCCACUAAGAUGUAAGUUAUUUUUUUCCUUCUAUAAAUCAGCUUAUCAUCUCACCUUUCAAGUCACCCUCCAGAUCAAAAAUGAAAAAUACAAGGUCAACAAAGUUCAUGCAUGGAUGUUAAAUUCCCAGUUAUGAGUGAUUUCCUGAUUAUUCUUUGAAUUUAGCAGUACAGAUUUGAAGUUGUUAGUGCCUAAUUCGUAAAGACUUGUUUGCUGAAUUGUACAGGGUAUUGUCCUAAUUUAGUAGCCUAAGUCACAUUAAACAUUUAAUUCAGCAAUACAGUUGUAGUUCACCACUUGAUUUACUAGUUAAAGAUUUAUUUUCUCUAAUGAAGUUGUGUAAUACAGAGCUAAUAUAGAUAUUGGGAUGUUUUUAGAUACUCUGCACCUUUACACUAAUGUAUUAUUUGUUAUGUACGAUUCUGAUGGAUUUGUCAGUUGACUUCAGGAUGCGUUUUGUUUAUCUUUAUGUCUUAAAGGAGAAUUAUAAGAUUAUGCCAUUUUUGCUAACUGCUUUGAGAAGUGGAUUUUUUUGCUGUUCAUUGGUCAUUUUCGUUUAAAAAGAGAAUGGUUUGUUCUUAUUAUAUAUAUCCUUUUGACCAUUUUUGAGUUGUUUAUAGAGCAGGAGGAAUUCAAAUAAGACAGAGCUUGUGCUGUAUCAUCUAUGUGUAUCAUCUUGAAUAUUCAUUAAGAAUGUAGCACAUAGACAAUAAAUAUGAGGUUUGACUUCUGAAAUGCUGAACAUCCUCAACUUAGUGGCUUCAGAAAGAGCUGAGGACAUGGUGUGGCAAUGCUAACGUUGACAUUAAUGUUUGGCAUGGUCGCACACAAAGUCAAAGAAAUACUCAUUGCUAAUGUGAAUGGGAAUUUUACCAUUGGUAUUAGCAGAACUGUAUAGAAAACUUAAUACUGAGUCAAUUUAUUCCACACUACUUUCAUCGCCGUGCUCCCAACUAGAGUCAGGGAGAGUUUCAGAUAAGCAGGCCCUGAUUCAGGAAGGUAUGCAGAAAAGGAAACUUCCAUUUGCACAGAAGAAGCCAGUGGGAUGGAAGUAAACCAUUGCGGUUAAGAAUGAGCUUUAGUAAUGCCUCGAAUAAAGCAUGGAUGUCAAACUUUGCUUGAAUACUGUCUUAAAUCAGGGCCUUAUAGAACCAAGUGUGGGACCCAGACAGUUCUAAAUUCUGUGUACAACACCAUAAAAAAUUUUAUUUUUGUCUUGUGUAUAUGUAAAUGUAGUUGUGAUAUUGACUUAUUUAUUAAUUCAUUUUCUUAUACUAUGUGCCAAGUAUAUUCCUACCCUUUUGAUCAGUACCUGUGAACAUCAAUUACUAAAAAUAAUGUUAUGCAAACUUGUGCAUUGUAACCAGGAAUAUGAUGCUAAUAAGCUGUUGCAUGUAGUGUUAAAUAAUUAAGAAAACCCUUUAUUUAAAAAAUGUAAAUGAAUACCUGCAGAUGUUGAUGAUUAUAUAUGGUUUUGCAUGCCAAAACUCAUUGUUCAGUUGUGGGCAUGAAAUGUAACGACUGUAUUACCUCUACUGAAUAUAUUAGUAAGGUACAAUUUACAAAGUAAUUAACAGAGCUCUAUAUAUAAAAUUUUUCCUUUUACUUAAUUAUAUUGUAGUAGAGGUAACAGAACUGCUUCUCUGUUACCCAAAUUGGCUGUAGAAAUUAUGUUCCUAUAACACUCAUUUAAAGUCAAUAUUUAUUUAUGUAUGUAAUACAAAAAGAUUGGUCUUAUGUGUUUGUCCUGUUAUUUAGAGAAAAAAAUACACUUCUUGUAAAAACAAUUUGUAAAAAAAUGUAAAUGUAAAUACGAGUCUGAUUUCUUUUACUCACUAUUUUCAUGUUUAGAAUUUGUACAUACUGUUUAGGUAAUAAACUAUCCUACAUCAAAGUCUUGCUACAUUAUCUCCUCCAUACAGAAUUUAUAGUUUUGUUUUUCUUAAGUUGAAGACAUAAAGUUAUCUAAGAAAAAUCAGUGUCACACCAAGUACCUUUGCUACACCUAAAUUUCAUUGUGUAUCAAGUCAUACCAUUUUAUCCUACAUUUACUACAGCAUUUUGUUUUGUUUAGAAAGUGAUCAAAAUAAUCUGAAAAUAAAUUUAGAUAUCAUUUGA